UCGAACAAUUUGUUGCCUAGCAACGUGGCUGUAGUUUAACAGUGCAGCUGCGUCAGUCAGGUUGCGCAAACUAUGAUCCAUUUCCAAACCCUGACCCGUUUCAGAUGAUCCGGUUUGAAGCCAGUGUGGCAGAGUAAAGAACAUGCAUGAAAGCCACGAAGGUGAAGCUAGAGGCCGGAGCCACUCGUCAUCCUUGUCUUCUGCAGACAAGCUCCAGUCAAGCAGCACCAGAAGCAGGUCUUCUUCCAGGGAAACUGUGAAGUGUCAGAGUGAGAACCAAGCCGUACUUCUGAAUGCUGCGCUCAGUGACAUCCAGCAGAUCAGAGAAACCCAAAAGAACCUCGAGAAAUCCCUGAAAGCCUUGAGAACCGAGUACCAGCAGAACCACAACCAGAUGCUGAAUGCGUUGGAGGAAGAAAGGUCAAGGCUGAACGUUUUGGAGCGGGAACUCACUUACCUGACUGAGCUUCAUCACAGGGAAACGUCGAACUUGCAGGAGGAGAUAAGCAGCACAAAGAAAAUCAUUGACAUUCGGUUUAACGGAAAAGCGGAGGAGUUUUCUGUGGCGCUGGAAAAAUGCCAGAGCCAUCUCAUGAAGAUGGAGCUGCAGCAGCAGCAAGAGAUGGAUAUUGUGAGAAAUGAAUACAGCACAGCACAGAUUAUCAUCGGAAAGCUGAUCAGAGGGCUGCUUGUUAUCAUGUCCACCAUCUUAGUAUUUGUGUGCACACUGAACAAAGUCAUCUUGCUUUUCAAGUCAUCCAGACACUUCCUCACUGCUGUUCUGCUGGCUGUCUUCCUCUUUCUCCUCUUCAAGUACUGGAAUACUCCUACCUGACUGGAGCCCAAGAAGAUGCCAAAAAUAAACCUUUUUGAAGAUCA